UCGUGCGUGCAUGUGUGUGUGGGGGGGAGGGGUGAAAGAGAGGUGGUUUGUAUGUUUGUAUUUGUGUGAUUGUGUGUGUGUGGGAGGGUCCUGAGGCUGCAGUAUAAAUAGUGGGGCCUGGGGACAGGGUAGUGAUCAUGUGGAGGAUGAAGGCUGUUCCUGGGAACCCUCUCCUGCUGCUGCUGCUGCUGCUGGGCCAGGCUCCCCCGCCAGCCGCUGCACACACCCUCAACAGCCCCGGAAGUCAGCCCCAACACAAAGUAUUGCACUUGGACUGGCCAAAGGACUGCGGCAUGUCCCACUUCAAACCCAACAUGGCUGAACGGAUCGUCUCUGGUAACGAGGCCCGACCUCACUCAUGGCCGUGGCAGGUGUCCUUGCAGGUCCGUCCUCGGGGCAGUAAGCACUACAUCCAUGUGUGUGGAGGAACACUCAUCCACAAGAAUUGGAUCCUUACCGCUGCACACUGCUUCCAGAAGGGGAAGGCAGAGGAUGCUGGGAGCUGGAGGAUUGUUGUGGGGAAGCACCAGCUGAAGCGGUCUGAGAAACCUGAAAGGAUUUUUCCAGUGAAGCGUAUCUACAGGCAUGAGCACUUCCGUUACCCAACCCACAGCGAGCUGGACUAUGACAUUGCCCUGGUGAAAGCUGGCACAGACAUCGUGCCAUCCAACUUCAUUCGCUACGCCUGCCUGCCGCGCAAGCAGACCAGUCUCAAACCAGGCCACUACUGCUGGGUCACUGGCUGGGGGGACACACGAGGUGGGAAGGAGAACGUGUCUCUGGCUGAGGCUCUGAACCAGGCUCGUCUGCCCAUCAUUGACUUUAAAACCUGCCGGCAGAAGAAGUUCUGGGGUGAGCGUGUCAGAGACUCCAUGAUCUGUGCUGGCUUCAGAGACACCGAAGGUCCACCUGCAGCUUGUCAGGGGGACUCCGGUGGUCCUCUGCUGUGCCAGGUGGGACAUGACAGCUGGGAGGUGCAUGGGGUGGUGAGCUUUGGACCAAUUGGCUGCACAGUGGAGAACAAGCCCAGUGUGUUUACGCGCACAGCAGCCUACAUUCCCUGGAUCGAGGCCACACGCAUCAGAGACUUCUUCCUUCACUAAGCCUCUUCAUAUAUUCCGUAUCUCUUCAAACACCCCGUACUUCACCCAACAUCCUGUGUCUGGGGACCCGGAGAUAUACUCCUGCCUAGUCCCCGUAUUUUAAGAACUUGUAAGACUUGCGAGAUAAACACACCUGUGUUCUUUGUCUAGGGUUAGGAUAUCAGCAUCUAUGACACUCAUACAGAAAACUGUCUAGCUGGCCUAUUUCCCAGGUUGAAGCUCUAAUAUGAUUAAAGGAGAUAUACACCAGUGGCUUCUACAAGCCUCUGAUCUAACUUCCUUAUUUAACACAAUACCUAGUUUAUUUACCAAUUAAAGUUUAUAAAAGAAAAACACUGGUGGUAUCUGUUCUUCUUGACAGUCUGGUAGUGUGGUAAAUGAGACAUGGACAAAGAGAACACACACAUACACACACCAUACCUUUGAGAGGUCAUCGUUUACUCACUCCAGGCUUCCAUGUCUAACUGCCACUAAACUAGUACCCACAUAUUCAUUACAACAGUAUUAUUUUUAAGACUGUGCUGGGGUGAAAUGCUUUCAGUAAGUUAUGAUGACACUACUAGGCUUUCUUUGAAGAGCCAACAUUAAAAACAUAUAUUUUAAUAUAUUUUAUCAUGACAUCAAUAAUAUAAUGUACUCCAACUGUAGGCAAUCAGACAUGUAACCUUGCCCAAUUUUAAAUGUACAUCAGCUGAGUUGGAACAACAACUUGGGCUUAAUAUUAGUAAAGAAUGAGGAGUUUCAUAACUCUACCAAAUAACUUCACAAAUAAUUGCUGGGAAAACAAACAAUUUAAAUUUUUGUCUGUGUGUGACAGGGGGACUCCUCCGGUGGGUGGGAACUUGUCAGAAACUUGUGGGGAAAGAGCAUAUACUUUAGGAGGGCGUGGAAGUGGAAUUCAAGUCGUUAUUCAGUCCAUGGUUCAACAACUUGCUUCCAA